AUGAAGCACGAAGACUACAAGGUCGGAUGGAUCUGCACCCUGCCUACAGAGCUUGCGGCUGCCGCCUGCAUGUUGGAUGAACGCCAUGAUGUUUUGCCUCAACCAGCCCCCGAUGACAAUAACUACACUCUGGGUCGGAUUGGGCCUCAUAAUGUGACGAUUGCGGGACUUCCGGCAGGUGUGACAGGUGUCACCUCAGCGGCUCGUGUAGCCAAACAGAUGCGAACUACAUUUCCCUCUAUAAAGUUUGGCUUGAUGGUCGGAAUUGGAGGCGGAGUGCCGAGUUACGAUCACGAUAUUCGACUCGGGGAUGUGGUAGUAAGCAAACCAGGUGACACCUCAGGAGGCGUCAUACAGUUCGACUUUGGCAAGACAGUGAAAGAGGGUCGCUUUGUGCGGAGCGGCUCUCUGAAUCGCCCUCCGGAUGUUUUGUUAAAUGCCGUCACCAGUCUGCAGGCACGACACAUGUACGAAACAUCCCAGAUCCCGAGAAUCUUGUCCGACAGUACGGCUCGAUUUCCUCUUCGCAAACAAGCAUGCUCCUAUCCCGGCGCGAGCUCUGACAAGCUCUAUCACUGGGAAUAUAACCACCUUCAGUGCCAAGCGACAUGCGCUCAGUGUGAUUCCAUACAUCUCGUCAGUAGGCCUUCACGGCCAUCCAAUGAUCCGGUAGUGCACUAUGGCUUGAUCGCUUCGGGAAAUCAGGUGAUGAGAGAUGGUGUGACACGCGAACAACUUCGCAAAGAACUAAACAUACUCUGCUUCGAGAUGGAGGCGGCAGGCCUUAUGGAUAACUUUCCAUGUCUUGUUGUGCGGGGGAUAUCUGACUAUGCAGAUACCCACAAGAAUAAACAGUGGCAAGACUAUGCCGCGGCAACGGCUGCAGCUUACGCCAAGGAGCUCCUCGGAAUCACUCAUAUUCACGGCAAUGUUAGUAAUGAGGGUGCGGAGAAGAAUAUCUCCGGACGUAUCCAAAUACUAAAUCCUAACAUCGCCUCUGACCGCGAAACAUUGUACCGACAUUUUCUCUCUUCACUUUCCACAGAUCCUAUCCCUCGCGAGGACCACUGCGCUCAGCAAGCAUACCAUGUCAGCGAGCAUAUUCUCUGGAAGUCUCACCAAGUCGGUCCUUGGGAACUGUGGCUACGUAAAUACCUGGAGGACGGAAACCCCUUAAAUAUCCGAGAUUUUAGGGGCAAAACACCUCUUCAUCAUGCGGUGGUGACGAAAUACGAGAGAAUUGAUAAGGUGAGGGCGUUAGUAGAGGCGGGGGCAGAUUUAGCCAUGAAAGAUUUCAUGGGGCAGACACCCGUGGAUCUUGCGAGGGACACGGAUGAGCAGAUCUUCCUGUUUCUUUUAAAGGCCUGGCAGAACUUGGCUGUGGCGGAAAAGAGAAUCAGGAUAGGGAAUAGAAUCAUCUCAUAG